UGGCGCAUGCGUGCUGAAGAGGAAGCGAUUCACCCCCACGGUUCCAGGAGCGGGACCCGGACCGGGUGCGGCUCCGCCGCUGGGGCGAUGGGCUGAGCCUGAACUGGGGAGGUCCGCAGUUGCCGGCUGGCAGCGGGCGGCCAGGAAGCGGCGUCGGCGGCUCCUCCUCCUCUUCGUCCUCCUGUCCGAGGAUGGAGAGAGCCAUGGAGCAGCUCAACCGCCUCACCAGGUCCCUGCGCCGCGCCCGCACCGUCGAGCUGCCCGAAGAUAAUGAAACUGCUGUCUACACUUUAAUGCCAAUGGUAAUGGCUGACCAACAUAGAUCUGUUUCAGAGUUGCUGUCAAAUUCGAAGUUUGAUGUCAAUUAUGCAUUUGGACGUGUGAAGAGGAGCUUGCUUCAUAUUGCAGCUAACUGUGGGUCAGUUGAAUGCCUAGUUCUACUGUUAAAGAAAGGUGCAAACCCUAACUAUCAAGACAUUUCAGGGUGCACUUCACUUCAUUUGGCUGCUAGAAAUGGCCAGAAGAAAUGUAUGAGCAAGCUGCUAGAGUACAGCGCUGAUGUCAACAUUUGUAAUAAUGAGGGCCUGACAGCAAUCCAUUGGCUUGCUGUGAAUGGGCGAACAGAAUUGCUUCACGAUCUUGUACAGCAUGUUACCAAUGUAGAUGUUGAAGAUGCCAUGGGGCAGACAGCACUUCAUGUAGCUUGCCAAAAUGGCCACAAGACGACAGUUCAAUGUCUUCUGGAUAGCGGUGCAGAUAUCAACAGGCCCAACGUUUCGGGAGCAACUCCACUCUACUUUGCUUGCAGCCACGGCCAAAGAGACACCGCACAGAUCCUUUUGAUGAGAGGAGCCAAAUAUUUGCCAGACAAAAAUGGGGUCACUCCACUUGAUCUCUGUGUACAGGGUGGCUAUGGAGAGACUUGUGAAAUCCUAAUACAGCACCAUCCUAGACUUUUCCAAACAAUUAUUCAAAUGACACAAAAUGAAGAACUUAGAGAAAACAUGUUGCGGCAAGUCCUAGAACACUUGUCUCAGCAGAAUGAAAACCAGUACCUUAAAAUUUUGACUAGUCUUGCUGAGGUGGCUACAACAAAUGGUCACAAACUACUCAGCUUGUCAAGUAAUUAUGAAGCUCAAAUGAAGAGCCUGCUGAGAAUCGUGAGGAUAUUUUGUCAUGUCUUUCGACUUGGGCCAUCCACUCCCAAUAAUGGAAUUGACAUGGGGUACAAUGGAAAUAAAACUCCAAGAAGCCAAGUGUUCAAGGUCAGAAAAGUAGUUGACGUUAUUAGGAAGAUAGACCUUAAAGAGAUGAAUUUCACAAAGCAUGCAUUCAUUAAUCAGGCAUCUCAUGAGGAGGACCCUCUGGAAUUACUCUGGCACUCAUUAGAUGAAUGGUUAGCUCUAAUAUCCGCAGAACUGAUGAAAAACAAAAGAGACUCUGCCAAUAUCACUUCUAUUUUACUGAAGCAAAAGGGACCAGAUCAACAAGAUGGCGCUCCUACGCAUAUAUUUGAUGUUGCCGCAUCAGAGAAGAGCACAACGUUAUCUAUGGACACGGGGGACCCUAAAAUGUAUGAAGUUGGCAGUACGCAAGAAGCGUACGCAGAUUGCCAGGAUGUUAUUUCCGUGACAGCAAACCGGCUGAGUGCUGUCAUUCAGGCAUUUUAUAUGUGUUGUUCCUGUCAGAUGCCUCAAGGAAUGACAUCUCCUCGCUUCAUAGAGUUUGUCUGCAAACACGAUAAUGUUCUUAAGUGCUUUGUAAACCGAAAUCCCAAAAUUAUUUUUGAUCACUUCCACUUUCUUCUUGAGUGUCCUGAACUGAUGUCCAGAUUCAUGCACAUCAUAAAAGCACAACCCUUUAAAGAUCGCUGUGAAUGGUUUUAUGAGCACUUGCAUUCAGGGCAGCCAGACUCGGACAUGGUUCAUAGGCCAGUGAAUGAAAAUGAUAUUCUGCUGGUCCACAGAGAUUCUAUUUUUAGGAGCAGCUGCGAAGUUGUAUCUAAAGCAAAUUGUGCAAAGCUGAAACAGGGAAUUGCUGUCCGUUUCCAUGGCGAAGAAGGCAUGGGUCAAGGCGUGGUACGUGAGUGGUUUGAUAUCUUAUCCAAUGAGAUAGUUAACCCAGAUUAUGGCCUUUUUACUCAAUCAGCUGAUGGAACCACUUUCCAGCCAAAUAGCAACUCUUCUGUAAAUCCUGAUCACUUGAACUACUUCAGAUUUGCUGGACAGAUCUUGGGUUUAGCACUGAAUCACAGACAGCUGGUCAACAUUUACUUCACAAGGUCAUUCUACAAGCAUAUACUUGGUAUUCCUGUAAACUACCAAGACGUGGCAUCUAUUGAUCCAGAGUAUGGAAAGAACUUGCAGUGGAUUCUAGAUAAUGACAUCAGUGACUUGGGGCUAGAGCUGACCUUCUCUGUUGAGACGGAUGUGUUUGGAGCAAUGGAGGAAGUGCCUUUGAAACCAGGGGGUGCAAGUAUAAUAGUCACACAGGAAAACAAAGCAGAAUACGUUCAACUUGUUACUGAACUUCGAAUGACAAGAGCCAUUCAGCCUCAAAUAAAUGCUUUUCUCCAAGGCUUCCAUAUGUUCAUUCCACCUUCUCUGAUACAGUUAUUUGAUGAAUAUGAACUGGAACUGCUGCUUUCAGGCAUGCCGGAAAUUGAUGUCAGUGACUGGAUGAAAAAUACAGAAUAUACAAGUGGUUAUGAAAGAGAUGACACUGUUAUUCAGUGGUUUUGGGAAGUUGUAGAAGAACUGAGUCAGGAGGAACGAGUAUUGUUGUUGCAGUUUGUCACUGGGAGUUCCAGGGUGCCCCAUGGUGGCUUUGCCCACAUAAUGGGUGGCAGCGGAUUGCAAAAUUUCACAAUUGCUGCUGUGCCAUAUACCCCAAAUCUUCUACCAACAUCAAGCACAUGUAUCAACAUGCUGAAGUUGCCCGAGUACCCCCAAAAAGAGAUCCUUAAGGACAGGCUUCUUGUGGCGUUACACUGCGGAAGCUACGGUUAUACAAUGGCAUAAUGAAGUCAGACAACGCCUCUGAUUACCGAUGCGGAAUUCAGAGUGGCAGAAGUAAUUUAACAAGCUGUCAAUAAGAAGAUGAUGUUGGUUGGAAAACAACUUGAUUUCGCAGUCUGUGAGCGGGAUUGACUUCCAUUGCAAUUCAACCAGUUUUUCCUCUUCCUGUAUCUCAUCCUGAUCUUGAGAUAGCUGUUUCAUGGUAUACCGAGUACAUUAUAGCUUCAGUUUUUAAAUGGUGGUUCUGUAUUAAGCAUGUCAUACUUUCCCCUUUCAUCUCUCAAAUAGGAGGUUUCCCCCCAUCUGAUUCUGCCUGCUCUUUAUCAGAUCUUUCAACUUGGUGCUUUCCCUCCCACUCAAAGGCCAAUUACUCAUGAGGGCUGCAAUCUGGUAUACACUUGUUGGGUCAGGAUUUCUCAGAUGUGGCUACCAGGAACUUUCAAUGCUGCCACUCAGUCACUAGUUUGCGCCAUAGAUUUGUAUUGGAUAUGCAGUUCCUGUGGCUUUGCCUAAGGGUCACAGUUAAAGGGCAGUUUGAGAGCCAAUGCAUCAAGCCCAAUCUAUUUCAUUGAAAUAAAAACACUUAAGCACGGGGGGGAAACUGGUGCAAAAUCUCAGCCGCUGCCUUUGACCAUGCAUUACCUUGCAUGGGGAAAAAUGCCAUUUAUUUAUUUUUCUCUAGGGAGCAUUGUACAGAAAGUUAAAAACUAUGAUGCAAAAUACCAAAUCUGAUGUAUUUUUUGUUCUGCUUACCUUACUGAAACUGUCACAAAAAACGUUUUUUAGCUUUAUAGUAUUUUAAUACUGAUCUAAACAUUUUUAAAAGUCUGUUCUGUUGUCAAUAAAGAAGUUUAACUUCUGGAAAAAAAAAGAUAAUUUAUAUUCUACAUUUCAGAUGUACAACACGAUUCAAGCACCACUGAAGUGUCAGUGGCUUCAUGCCCCUCCAGAGUUUGUAUAUAUUUUAAAGGAAUGAAUCCUUUUAUUUGGACGAUACAGUUCUCAGGCCUGAGCUGUGUGAAAAGUAUGCAUUAAAGUUAAAUAUUUUAUUGUAA